CACUAGAUAGACAUCUCCAUUCCUCUUUAAACUUUUGCAGUUGUUUGGCUUCGGAGAAAAGUUAAUGUAUUCGUUGUGAAUGUAUAGAUGUAUGGAUUUAGUCCUGGGCUAGACAAAUGUGAGCAAGAGGUUUAAACAGGCAUGGACAGCUAAAAGAAAGAGCCUUCUGUAGACAGGGUGCAGGGCUGAAAUGUUCUUUGCGACAGCAUUUGCUCUGAUGGAAAUGGUGAAAAUCUCAGAGAUUCAGCAACGAGACCUUGGAGACUUUCAUUUGGUAUCUGCGUUAUCAGAAGUACAAUAUCAGCAGGCUCUUCAGUCACUAUGUCCAUCUCCACACUGUAUGUGUCUUUGUUGUGCCUUGUGAUGCUCAGCUCGGCCUGCUAUAUCUCUAAUUGCCCAAUAGGGGGCAAGAGAUCCCUGAUGGAUGCACCAUCUCGCAAGUGCAUGUCCUGUGGUCCUGGGGAAAGGGGUCGCUGCUUUGGCCCCAGUAUUUGCUGCGUAGCAGAUCUGGGCUGCUACGUGGGCUCUCCAGAGGCAGCCGGCUGCAUGGAGGAGAACAUCUUGCCCAGCCCCUGCGAGAGUGGAGGGAGACCCUGUGGAUCUGAGGGGGGCCACUGCGCUGCACCAGGAGUCUGCUGCGAUUCAGAGGGCUGCGCCACCGAUCCGUCGUGCUUGGCUGAGAGUGCCGCUGAUCCAGAGGGCAGUAACGGCUUUGGCGGGGACCUCUUGAUGAAGCUCCUUCAUCGGGCAACACAGCACCUGGCCAGCAGGAGCCGCCAGUGAGCAUCUCUGAAGCCAGUGCCCUGGGGGCCUCCUGCAGCCCUGGACUGGUGUGAAAUCGAAUACUGGAUCACUUGAUCCUACGCAGUAUAAUACACUCCCCUUUGAAAUCACUUUGUAUGAAAAAUAAUUGAGAUGUUUUAUGUGUAACAAUUAGUGAUGGCACUGACCGAUAGACUGCUGACAAAUGAUUAUGUAAUGGUAAUAAAUGACAAGAGAGGACUA